CGUUGUGUCAUUGGCUGGAGCCACGGGGCCCGCCUCUAUAGGCCUGCGGGCCUCGCUCCCGGCCUCGCCCACUGGCUAUAAUAUAGCUCUUCCCACGCAAAAAUUGUCCGUGGAUUCCUGGUUUCUGGGGCUUGCGGAGGCAAUCAUGGAGAACCGUGCCUCCAGCGAGCCCGGAGCGGCCGAGGUGCUACCCCAACACAAGUUCGACUACAGGGCCCUGGAGGCCUACCUAAAGGAGCACUUGCCCGGCUUUGAGGCCGAACCCGAGGCCAAGCUGAUUGUUACCCAGUACAGAUCAGGACAGUCCAACCCAACCUUUUAUCUCCAGAAGGGCUUUCAAGAAUAUGUACUCAGGAAGAAACCACCUGGUCCACUUCUUCCUAAAGCACAUCAGAUUGAUAGAGAAUUUAAAGUCCAGAAAGCUUUGUCUUCAAUUGGAUUCCCUGUUCCCAAGCCUUUAUUGUACUGCAGCAAUGCUUCUGUUAUUGGAACAGAAUUUUAUGUGAUGGAACAUGUGCAGGGUCGAAUCUUUCGUGAUUUCACAAUUCCUGGAGUUAGCCCAGCAGAACGCUCAGCCAUAUAUGUGGCCAUGAUAGAAACCUUGGCUCAAUUGCAUUCCUUGAAUAUACACUCAUUGCAGUUGGAAGGAUAUGGUAUAGGUGCUGGGUACUGCAAAAGACAGGUAUCAACCUGGACAAAGCAGUAUCAAGCUGCAGCUCAUCAGGACAUCCCUGCCAUGAACCAGCUAUCUAAUUGGCUAAUGAAAAACUUGCCAGAUAAUGACAAUGAAGAAAAUUUGAUUCAUGGAGAUUUCAAACUGGAUAACAUAGUGUUCCACCCUACACAGUCUCGAGUUAUAGCUGUACUGGAUUGGGAGCUUUCAACCAUUGGUCAUCCUUUGUCAGACUUAGCACAUCUCUCUCUAUUCUACUUUUGGCCAAGGACAGUUCCAUUUAUAAAUCAAAGUUCUCAUUUUCAAGAAGACGUAGGGAUACCAUCAAUGGAAGAGCUAAUAUCAAUAUAUAGCCGUUGCAGGGGAAUUACUCCCAUUCUUCCGAACUGGAAUUUCUUUCUUGCCCUUUCGUAUUUUAAAAUCGCUGGGAUACUACAGGGAGUAUACAGUAGAUAUCUUCUGGGAAAUAAUGUAUCUGAGAAUAGCUUUCUGUUUGCCAAUGUUGUGCAACCUCUGGCAGAAACUGGACUGCAACUCUCAAAAAGAACUUUGCGAACUGCACAACCACACGUUGACACUACCCGACAGUUGUUUGCACAGAGCAAGAGAGGCCAGGAAGUUCUUACUCAGGUGAAGCAUUUCAUGAAGCAGCACAUCCUUCCAGCUGAAAAGGAGGUAAUUGAGUUCUAUGUUCAAAAUGAAAAUUCAGAGAACAAGUGGAAAAAACCUUUAGUGAUUGAUAAGCUCAAGGAAAUGGCCAAAGCAGAGGGCCUGUGGAACCUAUUUUUGCCAGCUAUAAGUGGUCUCAACCAGGUGGACUAUGCCUUGAUUGCUGAGGAAACAGGGAAAUGCUUUUUUGCUCCAGAUGUCUUCAACUGCCAAGCACCAGACACAGGGAACAUGGAGUUGCUGCACCUGUAUGGAAAUGAAAAGCAGAAGCAGCAGUGGCUUGAGCCUCUUCUUCAAGGGAGCAUUGCCUCUUGCUUCUGCAUGACAGAGCCCGAUGUAGCGUCCAGUGAUGCCACAAAUAUUGAAUGUAGCAUCCAACGAGAUGGAGAUAGCUAUGUAAUUAAUGGCAAGAAAUGGUGGAGUAGUGGAGCUGGUAAUCCAAAGUGCAAAAUUGCAAUUGUUUUGGGAAGAACUGAAAAUACCUCUGCAAGCAGACACAAACAGCACAGUAUGAUUCUUGUUCCUAUCAGCACACCUGGAGUAGAAGUCAUCAGGCCCCUGUCAGUGUUUGGCUACAUGGAUCAUUUCCAUGGAGGACAUUUUGAGAUCCAUUUUAAUCAAGUGCGAGUUCCUGCCUCCAAUUUAAUACUAGGUGAAGGAAGGGGAUUUGAAAUUGCCCAGGGCCGCUUAGGACCUGGCAGAAUCCAUCACUGUAUGCGAAUAGUGGGUUUGGCGGAACGCGCUUUGCAGAUCAUGUGUACACGGGCAGCACAGAGGGUGGCCUUUAAGAAAAAGCUGUAUUCACAUGAAGUUGUGGCUCACUGGAUUGCUGAAAGUCGCAUUGCCAUUGAAGAGAUCCGCUUGUUGACCCUGAGAGCCGCCCACAAAAUUGACACUCUGGGCAGCAGUGGCGCUAAGAAGGAGAUUGCAAUGAUUAAAGUGGCUGCCCCUCGGGCCGCCUGCAAAAUUAUUGACCGGGCCAUCCAAGUGUGUGGAGGUGCAGGUGUUUCCCAGGACUACCCGCUGGCUAACAUGUACGCCUUGACGCGAACCCUGCGCUUAGCAGAUGGGCCUGACGAAGUCCACCUGUCGGCAAUUGCAGCAUUGGAGCUGCGGGACCAAGCCGGAAGCUUGAGGGCCAAGGUGUAAGGAGGCGGCACCGGCUCAGCUUUAGACAAACUUCAUGGGCUCCAGCAUUUGAAUCUUUCUAUUUUUGCAGCAGUUUAACCACAGGACUUAAUUACUUUCAGUAAAGAUUUGAGCAUCUAUUUUGAUCAGUAGGUUUUAUAAUUUCAAGGUGUUAGACUGUUGUCAUUCAGUCUAAUACCUAAGUGUUUUGUAUUUUUUAAAUACUCAAUUAGUAAAGAGAUAAUGAAGUAAAUGAGAGCUAAAGCAUAGGUAUAAAAAUAUUUUCACUUUGUCAUGAAUUGUUCCAUUUAAAUAAAUAUUCAACGAAUAUUUCCUCAUUACUUUGUAAAUAAAUAUAAUGGGCUCUCCUUUUUAACAUUGGUCUUAGGAGUUGGUUUAAUAUUUUGUAGUAAUGUUUACUUUGGAGAAAGAUGCUUCAUAUAAGUUUAUAAUUCAACAGGAAGCAUUUAUACAUAAUAUUUGAAUGCAGUUUUACUACAAAAUAUGGCAUAUUAUGACGAAAUAUAAUUAAGAAAAAUUUCAAUAAUUUAUAAUAUGUUGAUGA